AUGCCAUCGGUAUCCGAAAAUAUAUUUAUCGGUUCGUUUAUUCAUACAAACGAACAUGGUGAAUUGAUCGCCGUAGAUCAUGGUGCGAUAUACGUUGGAAAUGGAAAGAUUAGCAAGAUAGUGAUAAAUCCAAAUUCAAUUGAUACAAACAAUGAUAACGUAACUGUUCUCACUAAAAGUCAAUUUUUAAUGCCAGGAUUUAUUGACUGUCACAUUCAUGCAGUUCAACUUCCUAAUUUAGGAGUUGGAUAUGAUAAAACGCUUUUAGAAUGGUUGGAAACUUAUACCUUUCCCUUAGAAAAGAAAUAUGUAGAUGAAAAGUUUGCCGAGCAAGUGUUUGAUGCUGUUGUAAAGCAUACUAUUGCACAAGGCACAACUACAGCAUGUUAUUUUGCAUCACUGUACACAAAAGCAUCUGUGAUUCUGGGACAAAAAGCUGCAAACAUAGGUCAACGGGCUCUUGUUGGAAAACUAAGUAUGAAUUCCGAACGUGCUGACAAUUAUUACGAAACCACUGAAGAAUCUAUAGUAAAUUUAAAUGAGUUUAUAAACAAUAUUACUGAAUUAAAUAGUCCUCUUAUAAAACCAAUUAUAACUCCGAGAUUUGCAUUAAGCUGUGAUAUAACACUGAUGAAAGAAUUAGGAAAAUUGGCAAAAGAAAAAAAUCUUCACAUACAGAGUCACAUAUGUGAGAAUCACGAUGAAAUAGAGGCUGUAAAAAAUAAAUUUCCUGAAUAUGCUUCAUAUGCAGAAGUGUAUGAUGCAGCUGGCCUGCUUACAUGUAAAACCAUAAUGGCUCAUGGAAUAUAUUUGACAAAUUCUGAAAUUUCAUUAUUGAAGAAACAAGGUGCUGCUGUAAUUCACUGUGCUUCCUCAAAUACAUGUUUAAAAAGUGGUUUGUGCGACGUGCGGAGACUGAAAAAUGAAGGAAUAAAAAUUGGUCUUGGCACUGAUGUAGCAGGUGGACAAAGUUGUAGUAUGUUAGAUGCAAUAAGAGCAACUUUACAAGUGUCAACCCAUCUGUCUCUUUUUAAAACUGAUUAUGAACCACUCGAUUUCAAAGAUGUAUUUCACUUGGCUACAUUAGGUGGUGCAAAAGCACUUGCUAUGGAUAAUGAAAUAGGUAACUUUGUAGUGGGUAAAGAAUUUGAUGCCCUUGUUGUAGAUACAAGUGUAAGUGGUGGAUAUUUAAAUGAUUUAAGACAGUAUACUUUAGAAGAAAAGCUUCAAAAGUUCAUAUAUUCUGGAGAUGAUCGUAAUGUAGCUGAAGUAUACAUAAGUGGACAUAAAGUUAAAUAA